UGCCCCAUACAAGGUAGAGGACCUAACAUUGUUGUCUCCUCUUAAUGCGUAGACUGUUGUCAGCACUUUGUCAUACCUAAAGAAUUUGUAACAAUAACAAAAACAGGAUGUGCAACUCAGUAACGGUUGAUGUUCUGGGAACGAACCGCCUACGCAAUACGAGGCUACCUUUUUAAUUAAGUUAGUAAUAAGUUCAGAUUCUAAUGUAGAGCUCCGUCGAUCAGACGUAUAGAUUAAGUUUAGUUUUUAAAAAAGCUCGACGACUACCACGACAUUUGACUGGCGCAGUCGGGUUGGAUUCUGUCAAUAGGUUUGACACAAAGAAUUCCAAACUCAGUUCAACGUGUACAGGCCGACGGGAUCCAGCGAACCUAUAAAUUUGUCAACGCUCGCAUGUUAGUCGUCGCAGCGCCGCCGCAGCUUUAAAGAGGAGGAAUGGGUGCAGCCGGACGGUUCGUAGCCCUACUGCUGGCCCAAGCCAUCGUGAUCCAGGGCCUGCAACUCCAGAAGAUUAAAAAGAAUCCUGGUAUACUCCCUAUCAAGCAAGGACAAGCGGCCAUCAGCCACAACAAAUGGACCAUCUUAAAGGUUUUAAAUCUAAAUUUAAUACAUCAAGAUUUGGAAUUUAAUAUAAAUCGUUAUGCCAAUUUGAAUCGACAUGUUGCUCUACACUUCUCUAAUCAAAACUUAAGUCAUGAAGUAUCUAAUAUAAAAACUCAAACCGAUCAUAUAAUGAAUUGCACCAUUGAAAAAUUUAAACAAAUCGUUCCAAUUAAACGUAUUAAGCGAGGAAUCAUAAACCCUCUAGGAUCAUUAGUUAAAAUGCUAACAGGUAAUCUGGAUAAUGAUGACGCCGUAAAAUAUGAUAAAUGGAUUAGUGAUAUCCAAAAUAACCAGGGUGUGUUAAACAAAAGAGUCACCCUAAUUGCCGAAACAGUAAAAUCACUUGUAAACGUUUCAAUUUCUGCAAAUAAUGCUGUAAUUCAAAUAGAUAAGAUCCUCUGGGAAAUCCGUAAACAAUUUAAUGACACAAAAAAGGCUUUCACCGAUACGAAAUUAAUUAAUGCUUAUAACUUGUUUCUACACAAUUUUCAGAUGCUCUAUAUCACAAUAGAUGAGGUUGAAAAUGCUAUUGCAUUCAGUAAAUUAAGAACUCUACAUCAAUCAUUGAUAGAGACUGAGGAAUUGUUGGAAAUACUAAUUAAAGUUUCGAAAUCAAAUAAAUUAAUGUAUGAAGUUAACUUAGAAAAUUUAUCUAAAUUAGAACAGUGUAUAGAAAUUAAGGCUUAUUCAAAGCAAAAUCAGAUAACAUUCGUAUUGGAAGUGCCACUUGUCGACCGAGAUAUGUAUACGUACUACAAAGUAAUUCCCUUACCUGUUACCAAUUCCUUUAAUCAAACUGUUUUUAUAAUUCCUAAAAAUCCCUACCUAUUAGCGAAAGGGUUGAAAACUGUGUCGCUCUCUACACCCUGCAAGGAGAUCGACAAAGAAAUGUUCCUGUGCAACAAGGAUGUACUGCAGUCCACAAUCAAGGACUCUUGUAUCGACGCCUUGAUGAAGCUCUCCACCAACAUCAGCUCCUGUAUUCCUGUUGUAGCAAAAACGGGAAAACCAAAAAUAGAACCAAUUGAGGAUAAUCAAUGGAUUCUCUACAGUAAAACUACAAUCUUGUUAACAAAAAUGUGUAAUUCAGAAGAAACAAUAGAAAGAUUAUGUGGUACAUAUAUACUUAUCCUGGAUGAUGAAUGCAGAGCUAAGAUUAACAACAUAGUCCUGCAGCCAUUUGAAACCUUAGGCGAUCCAGUGCAUUUCAGCAAGCUGCCAAUCGUCGAAUUUCCAGAGAUACCAGUUCCUGCCCCUUUACCUGAAAGAAAAACUUAUAACUUGGACGAAACAGAGUUAUCAAAGUUGGAACAUUUUGCCAGUAAAUAUGAUGAAACUGGGAACAUUAGUGAAAGUGGUAUAAACACACAUAGUAUAAGUGUAGGAACUGUAAUCAUUUAUAUAACCAUAGUUAUAAUCCUUUUCAUUUAUAUAUACUCUAUAAAAUUAUAUACUUACGGUAUCGCAGCCCUCAGUCGGGUAAUCAACCCUCCGAUGGCUUCGAUCUUAACGGGGGAGGAGUUAUGUGCCCCAUACAAGGUAGAGGACCUAACAUUGUUGUCUCCUCUUAAUGCGUAGACUGUUGUCAGCACUUUGUCAUACCUAAAGAAUUUGUAACAAUAACAAAAACAGGAUGUGCAACUCAGUAACGGUUGAUGUUCUGGGAACGAACCGCCUACGCAAUACGAGGCUACCUUUUUAAUUAAGUUAGUAAUAAGUUCAGAUUCUAAUGUAGAGCUCCGUCGAUCAGACGUAUAGAUUAAGUUUAGUUUUUAAAAAAGCUCGACGACUACCACGACAUUUGACUAUCUACUUACUUUA